AUCCAUCUUCUUCAAGGUUGAGUCUCUGUGUGUGUUUGUGUGCGUGUGUGUGUGUGUGUGAGAGAGAGAGAGAUAGAGAUAGAGAGAGGUGUGUGUGUGUUUCUCUUUAGUUGCUGACAAUUUCUGACAUGCAAGUCAGAUUAUGACCUGUGGUUUUAAAAAUGAAUUACGGUAGGUGUAGAGAGUGGAGAUAGGCAGAAGGCAUUAAGAUGCCUCCAUGCCUCCUCUGAGGGAGUUAGGUCGUUAAGAAAUAGGAAAUAUACAGCAAAUAAAUAAAUAAAUAAAUAAAUCAGUCAAGCAAGCAAGCCACCCACCCUUGGUGUUACAAUAGCUGUCUAAUGUUUUUGCCCUCUCUCUCUCCACACAGGUUUGUGGUUUUCUGUUUAAAUCUCACAUUUAAAGUACUUUGGAGGCAGUUUUCAGCACAUAUUUUCUUAUCCUAUCAAGAAGCUAGAUGGGCUAAAAGGCUUUUUCCACCAUUUAAAAAGUUUUGAUCUCUGUUUGAUCUCUUACGGUUGUUCUCUGAGUGUGCAUUAUUGACAACCUUAAUGUGAAGUGAGAUCCUGUCCAGUUCUCUCACAGGGUGGAACACGUGGUGUUUGUUAGGGUGAUGGCUGAUAUGCCAUCUCAACACAGGAGAUUAUGCCCAUAUGUCUAACCCCACCGUCCUGCUAGCUGUUGCAACAUGAUGUGUGAGCGUGUUAUCUCUCUGUUGGCUUCUGUUCAUUUGGCACAGGGAUUGUUGCUAAAUAUAACCUGUAAUCAGCCAGCAUUGCAAAAAUGUGAGGUCAUUAUUAGAGGCUGGUUCUCAGUUACCUUUUUCACCCGAUACCCACUGGUGGCCCAGCUUCUGGCAAGCAGGUGAGGAGCAGAACCGUUUGGCUAAUCUCCCGUUGUGGUGGGUGUGCAAUUGUUGGUAGCUCCAGUUCAGCAUCUCCCUUCUUCUUAAGCGGUUAUGAAACUGGACUGGGCUCGGAGAAUUGCAAAGUACAUUUUGAUGAGCUGGCUGCUCCUCACGAACAGGAUCUGCUGAGAUAGCUGUGCACCUCCUUUUAUAAUACCAGCCAGGGACAAUUUCUUGUCUUUCCCCCAACCCUCAUAGUUUCAAAGCUUGCAUCAUUCCUCCUUGGAGCUGAAAGGGAGGACAUCAUAGGAGCCACAGAGAAGCAAGCAAAAUCUACUUCCUUUGUCAUGGUUACAGAUUCUACUUAAAAGCCUCCUUUAGAAGCUUACAAGCAGAUGCAAAUGCAAGCUGGAACCGUUCCUUUUAUGCUCCUUAGCUACUGGAUGGGUGGGUGUUCCUUCCACUAAUGCUUGUAGCCCCUAAUGCUUCUUCCUAAGUGUACCCAGUUGCUUUUUAAAGCUAUCCAAGGUCGUUUACAUCCUAAGAACCUGUAGGCAGAAAUACUGAAUUUUAACUAUUGGUAGUAGAUUCUGUGUACUAUUUCUGUGUUUUCUAGACAUUCCUAUCAGUUAUAGGACAAAGCUGUACUUGCACCAAGUCCUGCAUCUCCUAAACUGUAGUUUCAAUAAGUAAACAAGCUUGUCCUUAGAGGCAUGAUGGUACAAUGAAAAACAGGAUGUUAGACACACACACACCCUUGGCCAACUUGUCACAGCAUCAAUACAAGAUGUGCCAGAAGAAUUUUACAGAUCUCUUCCGCCCUGAAAGGAAUGUUAAAAUAAGCUCUUCUUCAUUAAAUUAAGUGGGGAGUGUUAUUAAAUGGGGAAUGGCAUUCUAGCCCAGUAUUAAGUUAGUGAUCUUGUGGGGCUGAAGAACUUUUGAUGGAGAACAACUGCUGUCGCCGUGGGAAGAAGCAGCCUUAAAGAAAGAAGAAGCAGGAAAGGCAAUGAAGGUCUUUUUUAAAAAAGGCAUUUUUUCUUCUUGUGACAGCCAACUGAUUUUUUUUCCAUACACUUUUGAUUAUGCAAAGGGGUCAUUUCCACGUGUGCAAUAUAAAAUAGGCUGAAAAGGUGUCAGCUUUGUGAGGUAGUCCAGACAAAAAGCACACCAAGAAGAGCCAGGUGGCGCAAUGGUUGGAAUUCAGUUAUUGCAGGUAAACUCUGCCCACAGCCCGGAGUUCAAUCCUGAUGGGCUCAAGGUUGACUCAGCCUUCCAUCCUUCCGAGGUCGGUAAAAUGAGAUCCCAGAUUGUGGGGGGCAAAUAGGCUGACUCUGUAAACCACUUAGAGAGGGCUGUGAAGCACUAUGAAGCGGUAUAUAAGUGCUAUUGCUACUAGCUCUAACUUUAUUGUAAGAUUACGUUAACAGACUCUUGCAGUCUGAAAGUAUACCUCUUACCCCUCACCUUUACAGGCCAGGAAACUAGGGAGGGUCUCUCCUUGGCCCACCCAUAUUCCUGCUGCAGCAGGCUAAGCUGCGUCUAAUCCGGCCAUUGACUUGUCUCCGGCUCUUCCUCCUUUCUCCCCAAGUCAUUCAGACCCAAUUACAUGAGGAAGAAAGAUGAUCACAAGUGAGGAGGAGAGAGACAUAAUGAAAUGAGGAAUCCAUCAUCAAGAAAAAGAUGCAGAAAAAUGGGGAAAUGCCUAGAAUAGACAUCCAUGGUCUCGCGUUCAAUUGACAGGGAACAAAAUUUAUCUUCUUGUGAUGAUGGGACUGGAAAUUAAUCUUGUAAUAAGGAAUGAAUAUCAACCUUCAUUCUGGUCUCGCUCAAGAAAACUGCUGACGGAGCCCAUGAAAAGAAGAAGUUUCAGGGUAAAGCAGGAGUAGACCCUGCACCAUGGCAGAGAAGUGUGAUUAUAUUACAAGUGUCUAUGGUUAUGAUCUGGGUUGCCGAUUCAUCAACUUCAGACCGCUGGGCUUUGGUGUGAACGGGCUGGUUCUGUCUGCAAUCGACAGCAAAAGCUGCUGCAAAGUUGCCGUGAAAAAGAUCGCCAUCAACGACGCGCAGAGCUUGAAGCAUGCUUUCCGGGAGAUCAAGAUAAUCCGCCGAUUGGAUCACGACAACAUUGUGAAGGUCUACGACGUCUUAGGGCCCAAAGGAGCAGAUCUCCAAGGAGACUUGUUCAAGUUCAACGUGGUGUACAUCAUCCAGGAAUACAUGGAGACGGACCUGGCCCGCCUAUUGGAGCAAGGACCACUUUCAGAGGAACACGCCAAACUUUUUAUGUACCAGCUGCUCAGAGGCCUGAAAUACAUCCAUUCAGCCAACGUCUUACAUAGGGAUUUAAAGCCAGCUAACAUUUUCAUCAAUACGAACGACCUGGUGUUGAAGAUUGGUGACUUUGGAUUGGCCCGAGUUGUGGACCAACAUUACUCACACAAGGGCCACCUCUCGGAGGGCCUCGUGACCAAGUGGUACCGGUCUCCCCGCCUGCUCCUCUCGCCCGACAACUACACCAAGGCCAUCGACCUCUGGGCGGCUGGCUGCAUCCUGGCCGAGAUGCUUACCGGAAAGAUGCUUUUUGCUGGAAGCCAUGAGUUGGAGCAGAUGCAGCUCAUUUUAGAAACAAUUCCUGUUUUCCACGAAGAGGACAAGGAAGAACUUCUCAAAGUGAUGCCAACUUUCAUCAAUAGCACCUGGGAGGUGAAAAGGCCAUUACGGAAGCUUCUGCCUGAAGUCAACAGCAAAGCUAUUGACUUUUUGGAAAAGAUACUGACCUUCAACCCCAUGGACCGGUUGACAGCAGAGAUGGGCCUUCAGCAUCCUUUCAUGAGACCGUACUAUUGUCCUGAGGAUGAGCCUGUUUCCCAGCACCCUUUCCGGAUUGAGGAUGAGAUUGAUGACAUUUUGUUGAUGGAAGCUAAUCACAGCCAGAUGUCCAACUGGGACAGAUAUCAAGUAAGUUUGUCCUCGGAUUUGGAAUGGCGACAAGAAAAAUGCCAUGAUUUGGAUGAGGUGCAACGGGAUCCCCGCGCAGGAUCUGAAUCUAUUGCUGAGGAAGCUCAAGUGGAUCCACGCAAAUAUUCGCAGAGCAGCUCAGAGAGGUUUUUGGAGCAAUCACAUUCUUCAAUGGACCGAACAUUUGAAGGAGACUCUGGGCACUCGUGUGAUUAUAAGGUCGGCUCACCUUCUUACUUAGACAAAUUGUUGUGGCGAGACAACAAGAUUCACCAUUACUCUGAACCCAAACUCAUCCUAGACUUGUCCCACUGGAAAAGAGCAUCUAUUGCUCCCGCAGCGGAGAUAACCCUAGAGGAGGAACCAUCCAACCUUUUUCUAGAGAUCGCACAGUGGGUCACAAGCACCCAGACCGGGCUGGAGUGUCCCAAUGCUCUUCCGGAGAUUCAGGAAGGGACUUUGCCGUCUCCCCCUCCGCGUCUCCACCAAGAACCCAAGGAAGUCGACGAGAAAACUGACCCCCAGUUUGACUUGGAUGUCUUCAUUUCCAGGGCCUUAAAACUUUGCACAAAGCCGGAGGAUCUGCCCGAUAACAAACUCAAAGACAUCAACGGAACAUGUCUAGCGGAACACCCAAAGGAAAUUGUUCAGACAGAAGGGUAUCAUAAAGAGAGGUGGUAAAUAAAGGGAUGGAAGUUGGCUUAUAGUAUCCAUGGUUCUUCUCUUCUAAAAUUCAGUUUUAACACAGUGCCCACGUAGCAAUGAAUUGUAAUCCAGCUUUGAAUGCCCAUGGAACUCAUCAAUUCCUUAUCUGAUAACUGUCGGAAUGCCUUCAAUUUAAAGGCAAGCACAAUCCAAGACCUUGUUUUUCUAUGUCUUGCAAGCUAACCUAAAAAGUAAUCUGGAGAUGUGAAUGAAAUACUGAGAUUUUUUAAUACUGCCUUAACAGUCUUGCCUUUGCCUGUGGACAUCAGCUUUCAGUGCAGAAAAAUCCUUCAAUCCAAAGGAAGUUAAUUCUAUGUGUAUUUUUUUUCCUGUUAUGAGGAUCAUGCGGUAUUAGAGACCUUCCUAUGGAAAACCAGCUCCAUUCGCACGAGCAGCAGGUCCUUGCGCGGAAAGGUCCACUUGUGUGAGGGGUUGGUGUGCAAGACCUGCCGCUUGUGUAAAUGGACCUGCAUGCACGAGCACACACUCCCAUUGCUUGCACAGAAUCAUCCCCUUCCCCCCCCCCGCCUUUGGCCAGUCCACAAAGCCGGAUAGGUUAGAGAUCUCCUGGACCAAGAAGUACAUGCAGGGGGUUAUCUGCUACCUUCAUUCAAUAGAAAUGUCAGUCUCCCCAUAAUUAACCUUGUAGGUGCCCUGUCUUAAUUAGGGUAGGUGAGUUAGACCAGUAAGUACUCUUUUAACCAUUUAAAUUAUAAAGGGAAGGCAGCAAGCUGCAAAGCAGAAUACCAGCUUUUAGCAUUAUCCAUGGUUACCAAGCCUCCUUAGGAAAUAAAGAUGAUGUGUGACUAUGACCCAAAGCUUUAUUUAGGUGCAUAUUCAGAAAAAAAAAAGUCAGAUCACCUGAUAAAAUACAUCCUGGAAAUCUGAACAAGGCAAUGCUGCCAGCCUGUUGGACGGUCUGGAUUUUUUUUAAAAUUGCUGCUCUAUCCAUCCUCCAACCUCUGGUGGGCUCCCCUUGGUCUAUUUUUUUAGGUUUGAUUUGCUUCAGUCUCCUCGCUUGAUGGGGUGCACACUGUACCUGAGGGUCAAAAACGUGGACCACUAAAUGGCCUGUAAAGAGUCACUGUUUUCAUCGUCUCUUUGCUGAUCAUUGGCCACCAGAGGUUUUGCAGCGCGAACGUUGGAGUCCUCAUUCAGUGACCCAUGGAUGGAACUUUGCAAUAAGAGCAGGCUCUAGAUCAGAGGUGGGGAACGAUGGCCCUUUUAUGACUUGUGGACUUCAAUUCCCAGAAUGCACAGCCAUGCUGGCUCAGGAAUCCUGGGAGUUGAAGUCCACAAGCCAUAAAAGGGCCAUGGUUCCCCACCUCGGCUCUGGACUGAAAAUCAGGCUUGUCAGAUGCUGUAUUUUUCCUAUCCUGCUCUAUGGAGUAGAGAGUGGGGCUCUGACAGAAGCCCACCGGAAGAGACUAGAAGCAUCUGAAAUGGGGAUUUACAGGCAGCUGGUAUGUAUAAGCUGGGUUGACAAAAUCAGAAAUGAGGUGAUCAGCCGCCUGGGAAAGCCCAGGGAA